AUGUCAUGGCGCCAUCCUCGCUCCAAGAAAUGGCACCAAAUAGACCUGAUCCUCACACGUCACAAACAGCUGUGCAGUAUUCUCAACACACGCUCAUACCACAGUGCUGAUUGUGAUACAGACGAUUCCCUAGUCUGCUGCAAGAUCAGGAUCCAGACUAAGAAACUGCAUCGAGCCAAACAACCAUGCAAACCACACAUCGACACGUCUAAGACCAAGUGGAACACCGAGCAGAGGUGGGACCAUCUCCACAAUACUAUCCAUUACACAGCCUUCUCCGUCUUCGGCAGGAAGACAGGGAUAACCGAAAACUGGUUUGAGGUGAAUGCAACAGAGAUCAGCGCCGUGAUGGAAAGGAAACGUAUUGCCUUGCUAAAUCACAGUGAUAGAAAGGAAACAUACUGCCUUGCUAAAUCACAGGCAAUAUCCAACCCAGUCAACGUUGCAGGCCUUCGGAGCAGCCAGAAGCGUGGUCCAGCGGAUAGCCAGAAAUUGUGCCAACAAAAAGACAAGUCCACUUCCAAAAGCAAACAGAUGGAAAGAUGGGUGGAACACUACUCAGACCUCUACAACAGAGAGACCAUCAUCUCAGAUGCCACUCUGGAGUAUGUUGAGCGUCUGCCUGUCAGGAAUGAGCUGGACAAAAUGCCAAACCUCGAGGAACUCAGCAGAGCCACCGACAACCUGCCCUCGGGAAAAGCACCGGGCCUAGAUGGCAUCCCAGCCGAGGUCAUAAAGAGUAGGAAGUGGCCCCUCCUCAGUCAUCUUCAUGAACUGCUUUGCCAGUGCUGGGAGGAAGGUAAAGUACCACAGGACAUGCGUAAUUGUAACAUCAUCACCUUGUAUAAGAAUAAAGGUGACCGCCGUGACUGCAACAACUAUAGAGGCAUCUCCUUGCUGAGUAAGCUCCAGGAUAAAUGUAGAGAGCAAAACCAGCCCCUGUAUGUAGCCUUUAUUGACCUUACUAAGGCCUUCGACCUUGUGAGCCGAGAUGGCCUUUUCAAAGUCCUUGAAAGGAUCGGAUGUCCAGAGAGGCUCCUGAGCAUCAUACAAUCCUUCCAUGAAGGAAUGUAG